GAUUGCUUAACUUCUCCUCAUUCCAACUCACACCUGCAGCCGCCGUCUUCGAAUCAUUGUCAUUCCCUUCGAGCAGGUCUCUCUCUCACUAUCAUCCCACAUUCGUUUUACUUUUGGCCUUGUCUCCCAACUGCGCCUCUCCGAUCCUUCCCUGCAACACCCUCCCCCCAGCCUUCCGAUUGUGAUCUAUCGAUCCCAGUCUGGCCCUGUAAAUCCUCCGUCUUUAUCUCCCUCGGCCUCCCACGCCUGGUCUUUCUUGCUCUCUCUCUCUCUCUCUCGUCGCAUUUGAUUCCCUAUCUGGAUCAACUAGUAUUAAUUACCUGAUCACCAAAUUUACACUCAUUUUCCAACCCCACAACAUCGUCGGUCGCCUAUCUUCCCCGGCACUAUACCUCCCCUCGGUACCUCCGGAACGCACCCCUUUAACAACCUCACCUCCGCUGUCGCUUCGGAGAUCUGCAAGUUCGCGUCUCAGCAUGCUUGCUCUUCAGCGGUACACACUCUUUCAUAUUCCCCGUUCAGCUACUCCGCCACUGUCUCCCAAAUCGCGUUUGUGAUUCCGUCCUUAUCCGACCCGUAUCCUCCUGUGAGCUGUCCGGUGGCCGUUCUCUUCCGACAUGGCCACCAGUCGCAAUAAUCCUAUACCUCCACCAAUCCACCUUCCGGCCACGAACCUCGUGUCUCAUGCCGUGUCGCCGAUUCCAUCGCCAAGUCGACCGACACUUCCAAGCUACCAGUCACUCGAUCCAUUACUCGGCAACUUAUCCCCCGAGUCCACUCUGGAAGCGCUGACCUCGACUGACGCAGUACCGAAGAACGAACCGGCCCAUGAUAUCCUCUCUAAAAGCAUAUCUCAAGUCUCUCAAGCCGAGCGAGCCCUCGGAAUCCGUGCGGCUGUUGCGGCUCAGAACCUAAGUCUAUGGUAUAAAGAAGUACAGGCAUGGGAAUGGCCGAAACGCACGGAUGCCCAACUGGGCAAAGGAUUCCUUCCGCCUCUUACCACGACUUCCAAUGCCUCCGAUCCAGACUACCUGGGCAGCCUUCCUGCAGAAGUUGUAGCGGAACAUGAAAAACGGAUCGAGGAAAUCCGGGAUGGAAUGGAGAGUCUAGGGGUCGAUGAAUUGAAGGAGCACGUUUUGAAUGCCCAUAUCCCUUCGCGGUCUCGGCCAUCUUCUUCCACUAGCAAUCUUUCUGGGCCCCCUCCCCUCAGCUAUGUGCAAUUAAGUGACUUCACCGCCGUCAUUACUGCCACCAUUUUACGCGCUCUCCCACUUCUCUCUCGCCUAAACAGUCUCCUUUCCACGUGGGAUGUUCGGCUCUUAGUUCUCCGCCAAGUUCCCGGGCUACUGUGGAGUCUGCGCUUAGCUCAAUUGGAAUUGGAAUCGGCCUUAGCCUUGUUGAAGACCUCCGUUCCCCCUAGCGAGCAGGAUGCCUUGUAUUCUACAUCGAAUUAUCAUGCCAAGCGCGCCGCGCUGGAGUUGACAGUACUUUCGGUGGGACGACGAAUGGACCGUAUGCUUGACGCGCUUGAGGGCCGGGAGGAUUCAUUGCCGGAGAACUGGAUUGAUGAGUUAGAAGCCAUCGAAUCUGGUUUUGGCAAUUGGGUCAUGGACGCCGAGAAACGGACGGUUGAAAAUGAGUGGCAGCGCAUGAUGGCCAAUAGAUUGCAAGCCAAAGACCAUCCACCCGCACUAAGUUAUUCAAUCGCUGUAUCAGGUGCACAUAGAGAUCCCGAGAACUUUGUCGUCCACACCCCGGAAUCAUUUCCCCAAGCUGCGCGCCCACCUUUGAUGGAAACAAUUGACGAGGAGCCCGGAAGCCCUACCGAGGCCUCGGCAUCCUUUGGAGCUAUGCUGGAUCAGUCUGUCACUAUCUCGCAAAAAAUUCAACAAGCUUUCCCCCAUGAGUCCGACGCAUCAUCCUCUCUUGAUGGCACAGAAGCGACCAACGACACCUGCGAAGCCAGUGGGCACCCGCAGCAAGCCGAUACUGUAAUUGAACCCAUCGUUGCCCCGGAGAGCAGUGCUCCCGACAUUGUCGUACGGAACGAGUCGCCUCUUAGCGAGAAAGGACAUGAAAAGGCACACCUCGCCCAUGUCGAGCAACCGGCCCCAGAUUCUACAUGUACUGCCGCAACCGAUGACGUGCCUUCCUCCGACCUCUACCGGGAAGUAGUUUUAACUGCAUCGUCCGACUUUACCUCGCCGAGAAAACCAGUACCUACGCGUGAUCUCUGGAAGCAAACAGCAGAUCCUUUCGUCGCUCAAGGCGAGGAUAUUAGACAGGCAGAACAACCUCCACGGACGAAAGGCUUUGCUAGCCCUGAUUCCUCUCCUGGAGCGAUCAGUUCCCCAGCCAGCCCAAAUUCGCAAACCGAAACUCAAAGUGUUGUGAUACGGAGACCGAAAAGUGUAACAGAUUCGCCCAAUACGGAAGAACCGCUAGAGUCACACGGUAGCGAAACGUCGACGGUCUUUACUAGCGCCGAAUCCAUCGAUGAUGACCCUGGCCAGCUACCGUCUACGACAGUUGAAGAUGAAGCAACGACUUUGCCUAGCGUCGCUGUUGAACCUGCUCCCAUCGAUGUUGCAGUCUCGAUGGCGGUUAACCGUGAUAGUUCACAUUCUUCUCAAUCCAGUAGCCCCUCGCCGCUGGAGUCUUCUAAGCCUUCCCCCUCGUCAGAAAAUGACAAAGAAACGCCAACUCCAUCGCCAAGGCAACCGUUGGAUAGCCCAAUCAAACUUUCCAAAACCAGGAAAGGGCGUUUGGAUCUCGCGGAAACCACGAUGUCUCGUGGUCGACGAAUAUCAGGCGCCUCCGCAGAUUCUUCCGAUUAUCCAUCACUCGUUUCUAGCCCGGACGUUCGGGGCCUGCAUACUAUCUCUUCCAAUGGAACACCCAAGCUCAUUGAAACUCCUCCGUUAUUCCAGACAGACUACCAGCACUCUGGCCCCAUCCCGACUAACAGUGAUCAUACAUUGCGGGAAGACCGCUUACUGCGCUUAGAUAGCGAGAAGUCUCCGCCUACAUCCUUAAAACAAAACCGAGCCCUGAGCCUUCCCCUACAGCGGUUUAUCAACGAAAGACUGGAUUUGGACUAUGAGAAUGAGUCAAGUACUGAUCUGACCAUUCCGGCUAUCGACAAGCAAGUUGCGGAUGCGCCUGUACGUCCAACUUCACACAAUGAUCACCAGCGUCUACCAUCACAAACCAGCAAACAGUGUCAGCCCAUUUCGCCCAGCGGUGUUCGACGCGCCGUUGGUAGGCGUGCUGAGGUUCCCUGUGAAGAAAGCAACUUCCCGGGGUCCGAUAUCGUUACUCGUAGACAGCCUAAAGGUUGGGAGCGCACGAAGAACACACCCACAAGGGAUUCAACCCAUAACGCUGCACUUUCCGAGCCACCUGUUCUUGCAACUGCUACCCGUGUUCGAAAGCAGCUGACCGCACACCCUAGCCUUGAAAGCAUCGGGGCAUAUAAGUCUACGCCUCGUCUUUCUAGAGAUGUCUCAGCGAAUGAGAGGACGAGCUCCCGGCCGUCGACCCCAGGCAGCCAGAUAAGAAGGCCAAAGGAUCAUCUGGAUGAGAAAAUUAGUUCCAUUCUUACUACUAUUCCGGCUCGCAUUCAUUUGAUGUCGGCUGAAGACCGUGAGCCUGACACGUCUUCUGUGAUAUCAUCUUUGCCCUUAAAAACCAGAGAGCGGUUCCGCUCCAUCUCCCCGCAAGGGUCACGUAGUGGUACGCCCACUCCAUCCCUUACCCUAACUCCUGCUAUUUCCCGUAGGAGGUAUUCUCAUGCUCCGGAGGAAAGCUCCGUGAAGCUGUAUCAUCUGCAUCAAGGGGGAAAGUCCGCUCCUACCAAGCUUUUCGUCCGUUCGGUGGGAGAACACGGUGAGCGUGUGAUGGUACGUGUUGGCGGUGGAUGGGCGGAUUUGGCUGAGUACUUGAGGGAGUAUGCUAUCCAUCAUGGACGACGACACGUUUCGGAGACGCCUCGUGUCGAGGUUCAAGGGUUAUCAUCUCGCGAAUCGACGCCGACCUACACGCCACCUGGGAGCAGGCUGACUCGGCCUGGCAAUGGGCGAACUACGCCGUCCCGACCUCAGUCGGUCAUCAGUAAUCGACCAUCGUCCUCACUGGCUGUACACAAAACGAGGCGGGCUUCGAAUGUGUCUGACAUGACGGAUCUCAGAGCAGCAAGUACCAACGAGACAUUAAACCUAUCAUCCUCCCCUAUGUCAACCGUCUCUUCGCGGAGACGGCUUUCGACCUCUUCCAACACCUCCUUUGGUGCAGUAUCAACCAUGAGUGAUGCUCGCUAUGGCGGAGCUAUUCCACUUGGUUUGGCCGGACCGAAGCCACGGUCUAGGUAUAUCCACAUGAGUGCGGAAAGCGAAGCGUGGGUGGAAGAUGUCCUUGGCCAGACUCGGAGAAGCUCCUCUCUAAGACCUUUCUCGUAUGGUCUAUCCCCUCCCGAGCAAGAUCAUACUACCGAUAAAAUCCCCACUUUACCGAAGUCCAGAAGCAUCAGCGAUAUUGGUAAAGUCGGUUCCAGCAAGCGAGUUAUACUCCGCGGGCUUGGUAAUCGUUAAACAGAGACUGUCGAUCUAUUGCUCUCUUUUGAUUAUUAUCCCACAUUUAACACUUCUUUAUCGCCUCCCAACAUCACCCUUUUUUUAUCUACUUUUGCCUACUAGCACUGGCGUUUGCCGUUUGUCUGGGGUUUAUUUGGAUCGCAGGACGGUAUGAAGAAAAGUAUCUGGCAUUUGCAUUGUCGGUGUUUUCUUUUUUCUUAUUCUGUUUUGGCAUUGUCUAAAGGAUUUCUCUUGGAUUUGGUUUCUCUUCUUCACCUUUUACCAGCAGACAUAGAUGAGCGUCACUCAUCGAAGAUCUUUGGCAUAUUUGCAUUCAAGCAAGCGUUUCGGCUUUCUGUCUGUGUCCUUGUCUGUUGAUUGUUUACAAUUCUUUUGCACAUAUUUAGAUACCCUCAUAUACGGUCCCUACCUUCUUCUGUGACCGCUUUAUGUUUAUAUUUUGGAAGAAGAGUACAUAGGG